AUGGGAUCUUCAUCUCCUCAAAAGGGCUUGUUGAUUGGCAUUGGAAUAGGCGAAGAACCGGCCACUGUUCAUACUGCCCAAAAGAUGCUCUCGUAUCGGACCCUUCUCCUGGCCUUGCUCGUUUGCAUUGGCAUUAUAGCCGGGUAUGCAAAUGCUUCACACGACGAUAUUCCUGCUGGAGGCGAGGUUGAUACCAUCGUGGAUCAGGAGCCCUCAGCAUUCUCCCGCUUACUGAGCUCCGCUUCACCUCAAGCACUCCACGGAUUUCUGCACAGUCAUUUCCCAAGUACCUACAGACAUGGCGUUUACGACUCAGACGACGCAGCACUCGAGGCUGUUCUUGCCGAUGACCCCGAAUUAGCAAGCUCCAUCCUCCAGAAGCGGCAAGCUGGAGGGAACGAAACAACGACCUCGGAGACCAGCGCGUCCACAGACACUACUAGCACGCCUACAACCACGACAUCCCCAAUUGAUACUACGAGCACAACGGAGGUUUCCUCUACCGAGACGCCUACUACGGAAGCCACCACGUCAGUAGAUUCAACAACAGUCACGGAAACGACAACAGCUGCUGCGACUACGACCCCAAUGAUUACGCCCACGACGCCCACGACGACUACGUCCCCAACGACUGCGUCUCCGACUACCACUACUAGUGAUGCUACUACUGCUGCUACUACUGCUACUACUUCUACAGACACUAGUACGCAAACGACGACGUCAACCGCACAGCCCGACAGUACGAGUACUACCGACUCUACACUUUCGACCAUCACGACACCUAGUACCAGUCAGAUGACAUCGACUUUUACGUCAACUCUCCCUGGAGGCGCUGUGACGACGAUAACCUCGACUAGUGUCAUUACCCCCGGUAGUGGUAGUGCGGAGGAAGCGACAUCAACGACAAACUCUCCUGGCAGCCUCCAGACGGAGGGACUGGCUGUUCCAAUGGCCCAAAGACGCGUGGUGGAGGUAAUCGUCGGAGCAUUCAUAGGCGGAGUGUUACUGGCCUAG